AAAAGAAAAAAAAAAUCUUAAAUCUUUUCUUUUCGAAACUUGCUUUGCUGUGAAACCCAUCUCCAAAAGUUUGUUCCUUUUCAUAGGGGAAGGAGGAAGAAGAAGGAAGAAAGAAAGGCUUAUCAAAACCCUCAUCUCAAAAUCCACAAUAAAUCCGCAAAAUUAGGGUUCUUUUCUGUUUCUUUGCUUCGUUACUACGCUUUCAUUCUUUCUCUUCCUUCCUUCCUUCCUGAUUACGAAUCGCCAUUUCCCAAUCUUCGAUUCAUACUUGCUGUAAAGGUUCCAACUUUUGAAUUGGGUUCUUGUUCUGCUUUCAAAGAAAUGGCGGAUACGAUACCGUUUUAUCUAAACAUCGUGGCGUUUCUAUGUACUGUUGGAGCCAUUGCCUUGGCUAUAUUUCAUAUCUACAGGCAUCUCUUGAACUACACGGAGCCGACUUAUCAGAGAUACAUCGUACGCAUCAUCUUCAUGGUCCCGGUUUAUGCCUUGAUGUCAUUCCUGUCUCUUGUUCUACCUAGAAGCUCCAUUUAUUUUGAUUCCAUACGAGAAGUUUAUGAAGCAUGGGUCAUUUACAACUUCCUGUCCCUGUGUUUGGCAUGGGUUGGGGGCCCAGGAGCAGUAGUGCUUAGUUUAAGCGGUCGCUCUCUUAAACCAUCAUGGUGUCUCAUGACUUGUUGCUUCCCACCAUUAACUUUGGAUGGGCGUUUUAUUCGACGAUGCAAGCAAGGCUGUCUGCAAUUUGUAAUUCUGAAGCCUAUCCUAGUGGCAGUCACACUUGUGCUUUAUGCAAAAGGGAAGUACAAGGAUGGAAACUUUAACCCUGAUCAAGCGUAUCUCUACCUUACCAUCAUCUAUACCAUAUCCUACACAGUGGCUUUGUACGCACUUGUGUUGUUUUACAUGGCGUGCAGAGAUCUCCUUCAGCCAUUCAAUCCAGUCCCCAAGUUUGUGAUCAUUAAGUCUGUGGUCUUUCUAACCUAUUGGCAGGGUGUUCUUGUUUUUCUUGCUGCAAAAUCUGGAUUCAUACAGACGGCAGAGGAAGCAGCUCAUUUUCAGAAUUUUAUAAUAUGUGUGGAGAUGCUUAUUGCUGCAGCAUGCCAUUUCUACGCUUUUCCUUACAAGGAGUAUGCAGGUGCCAAUGUUGGUGGAUCCGGAAGUUUCUCAGGGAGCUUAUCACAUGCUGUAAAACUAAAUGACUUCUAUCAUGACACUGUCCACCAGUUUGCUCCUACUUAUCACGAUUAUGUACUCUAUAAUCAUACUGAUGGUGGAGACGAGGGGACAAAGAAGUACCGGUCGAGAACGUUUGUGCCAACUGGCCAAGAGAUGGAUGCGAUGAGAAAGAACCAAACUGUGUAUGCAAACAAGAUAGAUGGUGUUUCAGUCUCAAGUAGUGUAUCUUCAGUGGGAAGCUCACCGAAAAGCUCCAGCGUAACAUCUGAUCCUGCACGCCCUGAUGCUGUGAAAUCUUCAUUGCUUGUUGAUGCCUCGGACUCUCUUGAUACGAUGUAUGAUAUGUCGCUCAUUGACAUUGAUAUAUCUAGCUUGCCAAGCAAUGUCCCCUCAGCAAGUGAAAGUGAGUCUCGAUAGCAACAGAAAGGAAGAUGUAGAAAGCACCAUUUCAAGGUGCAAAAAACGUGGUCCUAAUAGUUGGAAUCAGAUGAAUCUUCGAAGGUGUGUUCUUAGUUGGAAGAUGUAAGUAGGAAACUUGAGGAUAAAUGAAAAAGCUUCUAAACCCUGUUUGCCUUGAGCUCUUGUAGCUUUAUGUGAUGAGUCUUCUACUAGCAUUUUCUUUUACAGCAUAUUUCUUGUUCUUGCCUGCUUUGUAGAUAUAUACAAGGGAUUUCUCAAGCUUGUGAAUUGUUUCGCGGCGAGUAAUAUUCUUUCAAAUAUACAUGUAACUAGUUGAGUUUGCAGAAUCUUGAAAAGUUUACAUUUCGUGUGUUUAUUGGCACCAAUUUCUUAAGUUGGGGGGA